AACAGGAGUGUUUUAGAUGCUGACUGUAGGAGGAUGAUUUACAUGACGAAUGUGACGUUAAAGGAAUGAUGCGGGAAAUCCAGCAACAGAAACAACACUAAACAACAGAAACAUCAUGUCAAUAAAUGUGUUGUUAAUUGACAUGGGUGAUUUCUUCCUCGAUUAAUGAGGAACAAUCUUUCUCUCUCACAUUCUUUGGGCAAACGAUUCCACCUUCAAUCAGACCAUGGCUGUGUCAUCUUUUUAUGACGUUACUAGCCCGGUAUUGGAAGUGCCGUUAAGAAAUGGAACCGGUGAUAUCGAAUUUGAGGAUCUAUCAAUGAUUGUGUUUGUCAUGACGUUUGCCGCAAGUGUGAUUUCUAUCAUCUUAGCAAUUGUUUUUGUGAUUGCUUUUCUGAAAUAUCAGGAGAAGAGUACUCAGAAUAUUCUGAUUGUCUGCCUUACUGUAGCUAACGGACUGACAUGUGUCGGGGUUGUUCUCGGAGCUUUCCAUUACAAAAAGGAUAUACCAUUUGGAAACAGUGGGAAUUUCUGUAUUAUCCAGAGUAUGAUUUGUACAUACUUUGACAUAGUCGCUGACAUUUACACUUUAUAUGUGGAGAUCAACAUCUGCCUUAUAAUCGCGUUUGAAUACGUUUUCAUGAAUACUCGGCGUGCUAAAGUAUUGUUCCACGGUUCUGCCUGUGUUAUUCCACUGACCAUUGUCUUGGUAGCAUGGAGGCGGGACGCACUGGGUGAGUCUAGAAGUCUAUAUGGUUCCUGGUGCUGGAUCAACGAAUCCAUACCAAACAGAGAGAGAUGGAUCUGGAUGGUGGUCAGUAAGCAAGGCUGGGAACUGGUGGUAUAUUUGGGUACUUGUUUCAUGUUCAUCAUCAUCAUGUAUCAAAGAUGCUGCAGAAAGAAGCAACUUUCACGUCGAUCAUCGGAUAUCAUAACGUCACAGGACUUCUCGUCUUCUGUAAACGUUUCGAAUGAACGGACAAGACUAAUUGUGUCUGGAAUUUCAUCUGCAAACACCAGGCAUCAAGCUUCGUCUGUUAAUUCUAUCUUAGUCUGGGUCGGAAUCUAUUUUUAUCUUGCCAAAAUGUGGGGAACUAUCAGAUACAGUGUGCAUAUUUACGCGUUAGCUAGUGAUGGCGACAUUUCAGGAUUUGAUCAUUUUGAAAAAUAUUUCCUCAUCUUUGUUCAAAGCCUCGGGGAUAGUCUUCAGGCCACCAUUACAUGUUGUGUUUUUGUGCUUAAAGAUACAGAGUUGAGACGGAAAAUGUUUUGCAGAAGCAAAAAGCAAUCUGAAACUAACAAUCAUCAAAGGACGAAACAAACAACUUAAGUUGAUUUCAGAGAUCAGAUCGCAAUCGUCACUCAAUCGAUGUAAACGGACAAAAAAAAAAAAAAAAAAAAAAGGGGGGGGGGGGGGGGGGGGGGGGGGGUUGUGAUAUUCGAAUUGUUUAACAUGAAAGCAGCGAUAACACAAUUCGACUAUAAUAAACCAAGAUAAUAUACUAAAAUAUCACGUUACUUACUCAAAUUCAUAUACAUGCCAUCCCUGCUAGCGUAGAUAUAUUUUGCAGGAUUUGUCGGUCAUUAAUUAGAAGUAGUGUACCCUAACACUACCAAUCUGUAUACUUACUGUAAAUUGACAUACAUCAUUAAUAGUGUUUUCGACCUAACUUUGGGUGGUCGGCUGGCACAGUGGUAACACAAUUGCCUUUAACCUAGACGGCCGGGGUUCGAUUCCCCGAUCAGACGUGAAAAGGUAUAGGGUCAUCUGCCCGACCACGUGGG